AUGAUUUCAAGAAGCGGUCAACUUCAUGCAAAGUUGCCGCUCAACCGUCGAAUACGUCUAGGCGUGCGCUUAACACAGCCCUGCCCAAGGGCAAAUUCAACCUCUUUUGUAUGUGAUGCUCAGCUCUCAAGGUCAGCAGUGUCCAGACCAGCUGUGUCCCUAAUAGAUGCCCCAGGCGAUACACCGCCUCUGCAACACGGAGCCGCUUCUUCUGGGCACCCGGUUGUGGGGCUUCUUUCAGCAGAUCCAUGUCGUGUCCCAGCUUUGCGCUUGUCAAACGCAAGUUUUGUGGCGGAGACGCCUGACGCAAGCCCUCUUACACAUGACGAAGGCGUCCCCGCUACACCUACGGAGGAACUGGGCAUCUUCCUAGCCUGCGGAGCAGCCUUAGGUCCCCACGCCCAACUCGAUUACACCUCUGCACGCGAUUCGCAGCUGCUAUACCAUGAACAACAGCGUCAACCAGUCGAAGCCCAGCAACACGAACAACAACCUGAUCCAGAAGCGAAGUGGACAGCACAUCUAGCAGCGGCGUCAACCUUGCUGGAGCCUCAGGCCCGCUGUUGGGUCCAGGACCCUUCAUCCAUUACAGGACGCAAUACCUUUCAACAGCCACGGCCCCCACAAUCAUCACCACGGAGCCGAGCUGGGAAUCCGCAGGGUUCCUUUCCCGACUACAUCGGAAUUGCAGCUGAGGCCCCCGCAGCGGAGCUCCCCCUGCGACCCACAUCACAAGUCUCCUGGCAGGCCAGAGGAGCCCCCGCAGUAACGGCAACGCUGGAGACAGCCGGCGCCAGCGUACCCCCAACUACCAGUGUCAGUGUCUACGAGCCCCGUCCUCGGAGCCCGUCCUAUCGGUCGUCCUCACGACCCACUUCUGCAAACGCUGCAGCAGCUUCCCCCAAGCUUUCGGCGCUUCCUGCCGUUGCUCCUGCACCGAGUGCCAAGAGCGGCCCCGGCUUCGCUUCCCUCACCAUGACCCGUGGGAGCCCCGUGGCCACCGGUACCGGCAGGGUGGCUGCAGGGCGGCAACCGGGUGGCAACCACAUCGUGGUGGACCCACGUCGUGGCGCCAUGGUGUGCAGUCCCACUGCUCGGGUGCCGAGCGCCGGCAGCGGUCAGCCGCGGAGUCCACCAGGUGCAACAUCAGCAUCAGCACCUGGGGGACAGCAACAGCUGCAGGCGCUGUCGACGUCGCCCUCUCGGCAUCAGCAUCCGCCGUCCGUUAAUCACUACCCGGGUCUGGCCUUAGCGCCAUGUAAGCCCUCGCCGCGCGGCGUGGAAGGGGAGCUGGCGCCAGUCGCCGCCAACGUCGGUUCCACUGCUGCCGACGGAAGGCCGUCGCGUGUCCGGGUGCUGAACUUAGGGGUUUCCAACAGGUUGCACACGUACGCAGUGUCGCCCCAUGUCGGCGGUGAACAGGACCAGGCGCUUCCCGGGACUCGAGUAUCCGCCGUGGCCCUUCCGGCGUUUCAGCACUUAAGAGCGACGGGGGUCAUGGUCGCUGGGGCUGCCGCUGGCUCCUCCGCUGCGACGCCGCUGCCGCCUGCGCUCCGGCAGCAGGCGACGGCGGCGGCGGCGGCAGCGGCACCAGCGGCACAGGACCGGACGCCCGCGGGUCAGCCGUUGCGGGGCGUGUACGGCACAGGGGGGUGUACUGUGCCGCCGAGCAGCGCCAAGAGCACCCCGUUCGAUGAGGAGAUGCUUGCGGUGCUUGACUCCCUCGAGCGUCGCAUCGGCAAUGCCGCCGCCGCCGCCGCCGUACAUGGGGCCCCCGUGCCCUGGGCGCCGACGGCGGCAGCAGCAACGAGGCCUGGGUUUUGCACCGAGGCUAAUGUUCUACCGCCCGCGUGUGACGGCGCUGCUCCAGGGAACGUUGUUGAGACGGGUGUGACGCCUCAGGCGGCGCUCCGCGGCGUCUUGCAGUCGGCGGUAGCGGUGGGGGCGACACCCGAGCUGGAGUCCGCGGGUUUGCUCGCGGCGUUGGACGCAAUUGAGGAACGACACCGCCUCGCUGAGGCCGCCGCCGCCGCCGCCGCUGCUGCCGCGGAGGCUGUGAACGGCGGCGCCGCGCCACAAGCCGGAGCUGCUACCGCCGUGGGCAUUGCCGUACAUGGCUCUGUUACAGCGCCUGGCGGCAUGGGCCGCGGCGGCGGUGGCGGCAGCGGUGACGACAGCAGUAGCAGCAGUAGUGACGAUGAAGAGGCGGAGCACGCGGAAGCUUACGCGGCGCCGCUGACGCAGCGGGCCCUGGUGGAGGGGCAUGUACGGCAGGGACGGAGCCAGCGGCCGUCCAGAAACCUGCUUGCCUCGAUGGCAGCCGCCUCCGGCGAAACCCCGGAAGGGAAUGGCGGGCGCGGCGGUGAUGGCGGCGACCUGCAGGCCGAGGUGGCGGACGUGUGCGGUGUUGCCGGCGGUACGGCGGAGCUGGUGGACGAGCCGCCGCCGCCGCCACCGGCACCCCCGCGGCAGCUGGAGGCGUACCUACCGGCGCCGCUGUGUCAGGCGUACUACGAGCGUGGUGGCGGCCGCUUCGAGCUGUACGAAUGGCAGGCGGAGUGUCUCUGCCAGCUGGGUGUGCUGAUGGGUCGCAACCUGGUGUACUGCGCACCUACAAGCGGCGGCAAGUCCAUGGUGGCGGAGAUGCUGGGGCUCAGGCGCCUGCUUACCACAGCUGCACCCCCUCGCGGGAAGCCCUUCCUGUUGGUGCUGCCCUUCGUGGCGCUGUGUGCGGAGAAGGCGGAGGCGCUGGGGGCCCUGCUGGCGCCCUUGGGCAGGGGGGUCAACUGCGCGUACGGCGGUCAGCAGAACGGCAAGAUCAUACAGCCCGGAGUGGGCGCAAUCGUGGCCACCAUAGAGAAGGCCAACAUGCUCGUGAACAUCAUGUUGGAGGAGGACACGUUGGGGGAGCUGUCGGCGGUGAUAGUGGAUGAGCUGCAUAUGGUGGGUGAGGAGGAGCGCGGCUACCUCCUGGAGUUGCUGCUGACCAAGCUGCGGUUCGCCACCUCGGCGUCUGCGGGGGAAGGUGGUGGUGGUGGUGGCGGUGGUGGUGAGGCGGAGGAGGUGCCCUUCGACUGGACCGCCGUAGGGCCGUCGUACCUGCGUGAGGGGCUGCAGGUUAUCGGCAUGAGCGCCACCAUGCCCAAUGUGGACGUGGUGGCCACGUGGCUGGAUGCCGCAUUGUACUGCACCACUUUCCGACCCGUACAGCUGCAGGAGUACGUCAAGGUGGGUCGCCGCAUCCUGGACUCCAGCGGCGGCCUCAUCCGCGAGCUGGUCCCGGAUAAGGCCUGGGAGGACCGGGAUGCCGACCACGUGGCCCUGCUGACCGCGGAGACAGUGAGGGAGGGACACUCGGUGCUCAUCUUCUGUGCAUCCAAGAUCCUUUGCGAGAAGGUGGCGGACCACAUUGCACGUAUGCUGCAGAUCGGCCAGCGUGAGCCACCACCCGUCACUGCGGCUGCCGGAGGAGGCGGCGGAGGAGGCGGAGGUGCCGACGGCGCCAGCCCACCUCGUAACACCCGAGAGUCCUACGUGGGGGAGCUGCGGCGGCUGGCGGGUGCGGACCCCACACUGGCUGACUUGGUUGCCCGGGGGGUGGCUUAUCACCACGCAGGUCUGUCCAAUGAGGAGCGAGAUCUGGUAGAGGCCGCAUACAAGGCGGGAGCCAUCUCCGUGCUCACCGCCACCUCCACACUGGCAGCAGGGGUCAAUCUGCCAGCACGUAGAGUCAUAUUCAGACAUACAUACAUCGGCAAGCAGGACAACCCCAUCGACGCGACAAAGUAUCGGCAGAUGUCAGGUCGCGCGGGCCGUGCCGGUAUCGACACGGCGGGCGAGUCGUACCUCAUCUGCGAGCGCAACAAGCCGGUGGCGCCGCUGCUGGCGCUGAUGCAGCAGAAGGCCAGCGCCAUCGGGAGCUGCCUCACUGAGGCCCGAAAGGGCAUGAAGCGCGCGGUGCUGGAGGUAGUGGCCUCCGGGGCAGUGAGCAGCGGCGGCGACGUGAAGCGAUUCAUCGGCUGUACACUGCUGCACGCACAGUACGGCUUCCAAGCCGUAGCCAAAGCCACCAUCGCGGCGUUGCACUGGCUCAAAGACAACGGCUUUAUACGUGUUGAUGAGGGCUCCCUAAACUGGGGCCCCACUCCGUUCGGCAAGGCCACGUUGGCUAGCUCCAUGCCGCCCGAGGACGCGCUGGUGGUUCGUGCGGACCUGGAGCGCGCACGCAUGUCGCUGGUGCUGGCCACCGACCUGCAUGUCACGUACCUGGUUACGCCGAUAAAGGAGGACCUGCGGGUGGACUGGCAAAUCUACUUCGACUGGUUUGAGAAGCUGUCUCGAGUGGAUGCCCGAGUAGCGGAGCUGGUGGGGGUGGUGCCCGCCUACCUGGUCAAGUUGCGACAGGGCCAUCGCGGCGCCCGUGUCGGUGGUGGCGGUGGUGCUGCUGAUGCGGAGAAGGAGCGCAUCGCCCGGCGCUUCUUCGCUGCCAUGGUGCUCAACGACCUUAUACAGGAAGUGCCCCUGAAGGAGGUUGCGGAGAAGUACGGACUGGGCAAGGAGAAGGGCCCCCUGGAGGGGCUGCAGGAGCGAGCCGGUCGCUUCGCUGCCAUGGUGGCCGCUUUCUGUGAGCGGCUUGGCUGGGCAGACCUGGAGGUCAUCAUUGCCAAGUUCCAGAGCCGCGUGUGGUACGGUGUACGGCCGGAGGUGGUUGCGCUAACGGAAAUCCCGUACGUCAAGGGCCACCGCGCACGGCUGCUGUUCAAGGCGGGGCUGCGCACGCCUGAGGCGGUGGCGGGGUGCGAGCUGGAGAGGCUGAUCGAGAUUCUAUCCGCAGGAGCUCCUCGCAAUCCGGAGCACGAGGAGCAGCAGCGGCGGACGGAGCGCCGUGCCGCCCGAAUGAUCCUGCAGGGCGCCAAGGACCUCGUCAACCAAAAGGUACACGAGUUGAAAGAGCAAGCCAAGGCCCUGAGAGCCGCCUUGGAUCCCAGCGCCUCCCAGCAACACUCCGUGCCUCUGGAUGCUUCCCUAGCCCCACCGCAGCCACCGCCGCAGCCCCGCCAGCAGCAACAGCAGCCGCAGUCGCAGUCGCAGUUGCAUCCGGCGGCCGCGGAGGCUCUAGGGCGGCAGCAUGGCGGGCCGGUGGAAGAAACCCACCAUGUUGGCAGUACCGUCCCCGCCGCUGCCGCUGCGGCUGCGGCACCAACCGCUCUUGCGACUGCCAUGCCCGUUGAUGGUCGCUGUGGUAGUGGUAGUGGUGGUGGCAGCGGAGCGGCUGGGGCAGCGGAGCUUGGGGAUGGGUGUAUGGGCAAAGCAAGGCCUAGCGGCGCCACCCCUGUGCGGCCAACAAAGCAGCAGCGUCGGGAGGGCGGUGAUCAGCAGGGCCUUGACGCCGCUGAAACCGCUUCUACUACUCCUGCUCCUGCUCCUGUUCUUGCUGCUCCUGCGACGGCUGCUGUCUUGGCAGCUGAUGUUGCAGUUCAGGACCGUCAGCGGCCCGACGCCUUAGCAGCGCAAGGCCACACCUUCGGCCACACCGCUAUCCCCGUCACCCACGUCAGCGACGGACAGCUGCCGGACCACAAUGCCAGCUCGGCACUGGGCAAAUCCAUGAUGAUAACCAAGAGCACCGAAAUCAGCAGCAGCCGCAGCAGCCGCAGCAGCCAGAACAGCUUCGCCAUGAUCAGGAAAAGCAGCGUCGGUACCUUGGUCAACAAGGACAGCCGCAGCAGCACUACAACAACUACCAGCAGCAAACAAACCAUGCUGCUCCAGCAACAGCAAGAGCAGCAAUUGUCACGGGCCAUGGGAUCCGGCGGUGCCGGCAGCGGCGGUGGCGGCGGCGGCACACUGGCCACUGCCGGGCCGCCCGGGGCGCCCCCAAGUCCUCAAACCCGGUUUCCUUUGCUGCAUGUCCCGGGCUUCACCGUCCUCAAGACCACGACGGAAGUAGCUGCGGUCUGUGAACAACUGCGCCAAGUGGGAAUGUGGGGAUUCGCGCUGGACUUCGCGGACGGCUCCACGGUGCCGCCAUCUUCUGGUGCCGCCGGUGUAAUGGCGCUGCCCAGCGUGCCGCAGGUGGCGCUGGGGCGGGGCGUGAUGGUGAACAGCAUCGGCUUGCCGCUACAUUACGAUAUGGAGGAGCCGCUGGCGCUGGAUGCGGCCGGUGGUAGCGGCGGCAGCGGCGGCGGCGGCGGUUGCCGUCUGGAGGGUAUUUCCCUCUGUGCCUUCGAUGGCUGUGGCCUGUACGUGCCGUUGGUGGCGGCAACAGAGGUGGCAGCCGCCGAGCCUGCGACAGCAGCGGAACGCGCAGCCAGGGAGGCCGCUGCCGUACUAAGUGAAGUACGGCAGCUGCUGGCGCAUGCAGGUUCUACAAAGGUCACCUUCGAGUUGAAGCAGCAGCUCAUGCAUGCGAGAGCGGCGCUUGGAGCCGUGGCGAUGUCGGCUGCAGCGGCACCCGAGGGGCCAUUGCCGGCGGCGCCAGCAGCGGACUUACCUCUACUUGUUGGGGAUCCAGUCGUGGAUGUUCGAAUUUUGUUAUGGAUGCUCAAUCCAGAUGAUCCUGUGAACCUUCCUCGCGGCAAAUCCGGCAAACUGACCGCCACAAAGGGCUUAGAGGAGCGCAUGAAGCAGCCGGAGGUGUGCGGAACAAGCGGCCAUGCCAAGGCCCUAGGUGCGCUCCACUGCGCCGGUGCGGUAGUGCGGCAGCUCCCCACCCGGCAAGCGGACGCAUGUCGCCGGGCUGCCAUGGCGCGUCGUAUCUACCUGGAUAAGCUGCCAAAGCUGCAGUCUGAGGGUCUGUUGCGACCACUCCUGGAGGUGGAGAUGCCUCUGGUGCGUAUACUGGCGGCCAUGGAGGCCACCGGGGUGGCACUGGCGCCCCGGGUGCUCCGAGACCAGCGAGGGCCGCUGGAGGCCCGGCUGCGGCAGCUGGCGCAUAAGGCCCAUGUGGCAGCUGGUAUGACAUUUGACCUCAACAGCCCCAAGGACGUGUCGGAGGUGCUGUUCCAGCAUUUGAACCUGCAGCCGCCCCCCUGCGCUUUCACCAGCCACCACCAGAAACACCCCUCAACGAAGAANGAGGUUCUUGAGGAGCUCGAGGAGAGCACGCACCACCCCAUUCUGCGGUACCUUCUGGACUACCGCUCCUUACACAAGCUGCUGACGGGCUUUGUGGAGACGUUGUACAGCACAGCCCGGGGGCAGUUGUGUGGCAGCUGGUUGCACACCGCCACGGCUACGGGCCGCUUGUCCAUGGACGAGCCGAACUUACAGACCAUUCCGCGACCCGUGGAGUACUGCUUCCAGCUGAGCCAGGAGGAAUCCCCCCGUGCCACGACGGAGAUGGCGGUGGGGGUGGCGGGUGCGGAGGGCCAAGUACCACCGCUGCAACCGCUACAACCUGCACAAGGGGAUGGCGGGGAGGAGGCAGGCGGUGGCGGCGGUGGUGGUGGAUGUCGUACGGUCGUACGGAUGCAUUUUAACCUACGAAAUGCGUUCGUGGCACCGCCGGGCCACGUCAUUCUGACAGCGGACUACAAGCAAAUUGAGCUGCGUCUGAUGGCGCACUUCUCCGGGGACAGUGCGCUGUGUGACCUGCUCCGGAACCCAGCCCAGGACCCCUUCACGCUGCUGGCGGCGGAGUGGAAGAGGUUGUCCGUGGAGCAGGUGACGCCCGAGGUGCGCGUGCAGGCCAAACGCCUAGCUUACGGCAUGCUGUACGGCAUGGGUACGAGCACGCUGGCUGCGGAGUUGGGUGUGUCUGUGCAUGAGGCUGCGGAGUUGUCGGACAACUUCCGUAGAGCCAUUCCCGGCGUGGACAGAUGGAUGAAGGAGGUAGUUGAGCAGUGUCGGAGUUGUGGCUACAUUGUGACGCUGAUGGGCCGUCGUCGCUACUUCCCCCGGAUCAACGAACGGAGCUGUAAGGAGGCGCGGAGUCAGCGGGCGCAGUCUGAGCGCCAGGCCAUCAACAGUGUGUGCCAGGGCAGUGCGGCGGACCUGGUCAAGGCGGCCAUGAUCAGCCUGACACGGAGGAUACGGGAGGAGGGCUGGGCAGGCAGGGCGAGAUUGGUGCUCAUGGUACACGACGAGCUGGUUCUUGAGGUUGAGACGGGGUUGCUGCCGGCUAUGGCUGCACUCACUCGUGAUGUGUUGGAAGGGGAGGAACGCAACGAAUUCAUUCCCAGCAUUCCCGAUCCGACCAACAGCCGGUAAAACACCAGCCACGCAUUACAAACGGACCGACUGUCGCCAGCGACAUGCAACAGAACACGGCGCGGCAAAGUUUCCUUAAGACCACAAAUCGGUCACAGCCUUGGCCCACUUCCUGGCCCUUCCUGCACAAGCUACUCUCGACGCAGCACCAACCUAAACCGACCAAAAACUUGGGGCUCAACACGGCAUCCAAACAUCGUAGGCUCUGGACUGAACGCAUCAAAUCAAACAUUACGGUGCAUUCGAAUUUGUCGGAGAGGAAAAAUAUAUUAAAUACAGUAUUAUUAUCGCAGCGCCGCGCCGGAAAACGCGCCUUCCUCACACAUCUCUCUUAAUAGCCUCCCCGAGGCGUCCACUCAUCAUCGCACACCGCAUAGGUCGUCCAGUGGCCCCCCUCCAUCCACACAUACAUCACUCAGCGCGAGUCGUCGUCGCCUCCGCCGCCCCCACCACUACCUCCCCAUCGGCAGCCACCGCCUACUCCGCUGCCGCCACCACAACAUCUGUCCCCGCGCCAC